CUCAGAACAAGAUCUAGCAAAUCAUAUGCGAUUUAGCAUAGCGCAAGCCGCUGUUCUUCCUGUUGUCCAAUGCGAAGCUGUAUAUGGCUUGCAUCUCUCGAAAGGCUUCGCAACAAUGUUUGCCAAAUGAAAUUGCUUCCACAAGGACUCACUUGAGACAUCAUUAUCAUCAUGUCCGCAGCAGCUAAGGCAGGAUUCUCGCGCAAGCCUUAUGUUGGAUCAUGCCAUUGCGGUACGAUCAAGUACAUUGCGUAUAUCACGCUUCCUGCCUCCCCAGAUGAGGUGAGCACGACGGAGUUCUACGAGGAGUCCGGUGUACGGCUGUACAAAUGCAACUGCAAUACCUGUCAAAAAAUGGGUAUUUUUCACCUGAGGCUCAAGUCUCCUGGCGACGAUUUCGUUCUGCUGUCGCCGCUAGACCCCCAUGCAGACGACAGCGGGAUGACAAAGUACAUGACUCCCGCGAAAAGAAGUAGCUGGUGGUUCUGCAAGACCUGUGGAGUCAGAUGCUUUACGAUUCGAGGUCCGACCGAACAGGCCGAGGUCGAGGUGCCAGCGAAGAGCCUGGAGGCACUGGGCAUCAAAGCUGCCGACGUCAGGUCUGACAGCACGGUGAAGGUCAAGGCGUGGAAGCCCAAAGACGAGUUUGUAGAAAAGGCGGGAGGCGGUGACUACUUGAGCAUCAACGCCGUCACGCUCAACCCACAGCAGGAAGGUCUCGACCUGGCACUCUUCCACGAGAAGCAGUGGGUCGCGUACGUGGACUCCUUGAACCGAAAGGCGGAGUCCAGAUUUGGCAAGCCUCAUCCGGGUGGCAUAUACUAAGUUUGGGCAGUUGCGAGCACAGUAGGGUAGGUCGAAUCUUCAACUCGCGGUCAUCCAGCCUCAACGCGUAGCCAUGGGUUAAGGGGCUUGUCUUGUGGGGGAACAUGUCCCGGUAUCAUAUGCUUAGCAGCGCCAGAGGGGCACGAUUUCAAUAAUUGAACAACAUAUGGAACCUAAUCAGGGAGGCUUUGAACUGAAUCAUAAACAUGAUAGAAUGAUCCCUUACUUGGACGACUCGUCCAUGGG